ACUCAGUUGACUGUGCGUGGAGUCGGGACAUUGGCAUCAACAAAACCUCGUUUUAAAAGCAAGAAAGGUCUCUGACGAUAUCUUAUCAGCACAGCCCUUCGCUCAGCUCAUUCCCAAAUAGAAGUUUACACUGGUGCCAACAGCUGGUACUGUUUCCAUACACUUCGAAUCGAACGAACAACACGCACACAAGAUGAGCCAGUAUCCUCCAAACAUGAAGGCCGGAGACUGGAUGUGCACCCAGUGCAAUUGCCACAACUUUCAAUCGCGAGCAGUUUGCUUCCGUUGCCAGGCCCCCAAGGAAGGCGGCGGCGCUAUGGGGCCGUCCUCCGGCGGCUACGGCGGCAUGCCCCACGGACCUCCCGGCGGACCCAUCAUGCGACCUGGCGACUGGAUUUGCGAGAAGCCCGGCUGCGGAUUCCAAAAUUUCGCCUCGCGACAGGAAUGCUUCCGUUGUAAAGAGUACAGACCUCAACCUGGCCCCCCAGGCACACACAGCGGAAACGGCGGCUACGGCAGCGGAAACGGCGGAUAUGGCGGUGGAAGCGGCGGGUAUGGGAGCGGCAACGGCGGCGGCUAUGGAAGCGCUCCUCCGAUGAAACCCGGUGCGGAACACCGUCCCGGCGACUGGGACUGCGAGAGCUGCCACUUCCACAACUUCCAAAGCAGAUCCGAAUGCUACAAAUGCGGUCACGGGCGGAACGGUGCGGGUGGUGGUGGUGGUGGUGGUUACAACGGCGCAGGUGGCAUGGCGCGACCCUACAGCAGCCUGAAACCUGGCGACUGGCUCUGUCCCAGCUGCCAAGCGCACAACUUCCGCAGCCGAGUAGAAUGUUUCCGCUGUCGUGCUCAGAUGCCCGCUGGUGGAGGCGACGCACACGCUCAGCCGCCUGCUCCUCCUGGUGCAUACCCUUACGCUCAGAGUGGUCAAUCGUUGUUCUCGCAAGGGCCUGAGUUUGGUGUGGGGUCGACUUACCCACCUGGUGUGGAUUACAGCAAUGGGGAGUGGCGAGCGUAAACUCGGGGGACGAUAACACACACCCGCUCAUCAGCAACGAAUGUGCUUUCCCCCCCGUUUAUGAAGUCGGUCAAAUCAAGUCAAGUAGAUUUUUUUAUAGUACUAUGUGUUGCAUAUCAUGUUCUUUCAUUUAUGGGAAGUGGGAGGG